AUGGCGUCCAGGGCAGCGAAGGUCCUCAUGAAGCAUUUCCCCCAAACAUGGGUGGCUGAGAAAGACCGGGCAGGUUUGCCAGCUCGCAUCCAAAAGAUUUUGUCUCGGUUUGGCGCGCUGCUUGGUGAACCUGAAAUCUUUGAUGGGCGUGGUGGUGAUGAUGUCACUGCAAUUGCGUGCUUUGAGACCCAACAAGCGGCGGAGGCUGCGGUCAAGACCCUUCUUGGAGCAGACAUGCGGACGUCAGCAGAGAAAAAGGCAACUGGAAACCGUCCACCUUUAGAAUCUGAACGAUUUUGGGUGGAAAUCCAGCCAGCCAAGACAUUCUCCACAGCAGUGCCGCCAAGAGCACAGCCUUUGCAAGCACUGGGCACAGAGUUGCCUGAGCCUGCAAUCCCAGACGAGUCCUACAUUCUGGUAAGGGGUUUCCCCAUGACGUGGAUGGAGCCGCAGGUCAAGUAUUUGUUCGUGGUCUUUGGUGGGACCUCCUCGGUGCGCAUGGUGCCAGACGCAGAGUUUGGCCAUGCUGCCCGGGUCAUUUUGAAGGAUAUUGGCGCCAUGGAGAGAGCAGCAACAUCUCUGAAUCAGACUGAUGUUGGACAUUUGGCGGGCAUUUCCCAUGCGUGA